AUGAAUGUCAUGCUCCUGGCCUUUGGAGGGGGACGCAACCCACUGACGUUCGCGCCUGAGUUACCAGUCGCCGGCAACGCCCACCUCCAUCUCCGCUCACUGCCCUUUGGAGUGUGGGCAGGCAUUGUCCUCACCCGGGGAUCGGCAGCGGCACCGGACUAUGACAACCAGCUGGGAAGAGGAUUCGUUAGAGCGAGACCAGGCACGGGAGAGCCCAGCGGCCACAUAGCAACCAGCACAGCGUUCGCACUUCUACCAGGGGGAAAUCCGAGGGGGACGCCCCGAACGCUGGCUCUUCCAAGUCACGGCGGUGGGACAACAACCCGACCCGACAGCUACAACACUCAAGCCGGGCACAGGAUAUGUGCUGGAGUGGAACAGCGACAGCAAGCACUGGCAGUUGGGGACCUUGGCCGCAAAAGAGGGAGCCUGACCAAGGAAGCUGCCAUGGUCAGGUUCUGGCUGCGCCAGCUCCUCUACCUUCUGGACUCCGUGCCCUGGGGGACAACAGUCCGGGACCGAGUUGAAGAUGCAAUGGAAGCCCUGGACUCUGACCGAGAAGCACGAGGGGAAGAGCAACCGGACGUGGGGUGCUUUCCGCGGCAGCCCAAGCGUGCCAAGUACCUCAACUACGCGAGCAUGGCAAAGGCGCGCAUUGAGGAUGUGGCCGCCGACGAGGGGGACAACGGCUACAACCAGCACCAGAUCCGCGCGGACCUGGAAGCGAUCAACGGGGACCUCGAGCGCACCAUCUUCAUGCUCGAAGCCACCACGGAGCAGCAAGGAGGGGCGCAGGUUAGCACAAGCUUCGAGGGCCUACAGCAGGUGCAGGGGGCAGUGGACAUGGCCCUUGGACAAACAAUACAUGGCGACUUCGACUGGAUGUCACAAAGCUGGGGGCAAACCUUGCACCGACUACUCCAAGAAGCCGAAGAACUGCACGAUGAACUCGAAAGCCUCAACUUCGUGCACCCAGCCGACGUGACAGCGUUAGAGGCGGGGGCAGUGGAAGUUCCGACCAAGCGAGUGGGCAGUGCCAUGGAACAAAUGCGCCAAGUCCUACUGCGAGCGGCAGUGGCCACAGUGGUGGCAAACCUGGAAAUGCCCGUCGCUGUGGACAUGCAGACCACAGAAGAGGGGGACGCGGACAAAGCCGAGCCGCUCUUCGACAUGAAACCGACGGGGGCAGCCACGCUUCUGGACACCGGUGAUGCCAUGGGGGAAGACACAGCCUUCUCUCAACAAGCGACGUUGCCAUGGAUACCGCCGCUCAACGCGGCACAGUGGAGUGGCAGCAUCCCUAGUGACACGGACCAGCCGCCAGAACAGCCAAGUCCGCCUUCUGAGGGGGGACCAACAGAUGAAGACCUGUUGGCAGCCAUGGAAGAAAUGGAGCGGCGGGAGGAAGAGGCCUUCCAACAGCAGAUGGCAGCGGCAGCCGCGGCAGAAACCCAUGAAGGGGUCUCGACUUGGGCCACACCUCACACCGUCUUUGGGUCGCGGCUUCGGGGACCAAAGCAGCUCCCCGUCGGCUUGCGCUACUGGCCCAACUUCAUCACGGAGGCAGAGGAGGCGCAGUUGAUCCAGGCUGUGGAUGGUCCAGGGGCGGCCUGGUUGCGGAAGAUCCGCCGUGCGCAGCAAUUCUUUGGACUGGUUUACUACCAGACCUCCCAAUCCGUGCCGGAGUUGCAGCCGACGGCCGAAAGCUCUGCCAAGCAGCAACGCGGUCGAGACCUCGAGGAGCUGCCUGGCUGGCUGAUACCUCGUCUCAGGUCGUCCGGACUGUUUUCCGAGCCUGGGAGAGGCAUCAACCAAGUACAGGCAAACGAGUACUUGGAGGAUAGCGGCAUCGGGGCCCAUGUUGAGGAUCCGGCUGCCGGAGAAACAGUGGUGACACUGUCCCUCUUGCGACCAGUACAGCUUACUCUCCAGAGGGCAGAGGACGGUCGUCCCGUCCAUCGCGACAAACGAGAUCCGGAGGACUGCAUCAAGGUGCUCCUCGAGCCGAGGAGUCUUUUCCUGCUCGAAGGGGAGAGCCGCCAUGAUUUUACCCACGCCAUCCGCCAGUCGAGACGAGUGCCCCUACGCGACGGCAGCGUUGUGAUCCGAGACGGGAGCUUCCGAAGGGUCUCUUUGACUUUUCGAGGUAUUGUCGAAGACAAGCGGAGCUCAACUCGAUCCGACAUGCCGACCGGCUAUGAGACCUACGUCGUGCCGAAGGAAACCCUGCAGAGCCAAAGCGCAAGAUGA